GCUGCAAUACAUCACCUUCCGUUAUGGUCUCCAUUUCUGUUCAUACCCAGAGCCGAGAUCACAUGCAUUUGGGAAAAUCACCAUCAACCUAGAGAACCCAGGUGCCAGGUGCCAGCAGAACCUGGACUGGCAGCAAGACCUUGCUGACGCUCUGGCAGGAGAGGAGGAGACUUCAAGGCCAACAUCUGUUGAGCUGCUUUCUGAGCAUCAACUUCGUUCUUCUUUUGUUUCAGCUGUAGCUGGGUGAGAUCAAUUACAGCAGGUGACAAACACAAGGAGACAGAAACACAGAGCAGAGAGGAAGGAAAAGAGCAUUUGAGUCUUCCAGGAUAGCAUCCCUUGGCACCAGCAGCACUUCAAGCCCACAGCAAGGAGGAGCAUUCCCACAGAGAUGGAGUCAUGCAGCAUGGUGGUGAGCAGCACACUUUGCGUCGUCUUGGUUCUGCAUCUGGGUCUGAUCUCCAUUAUGGCACAGCAAAAUGAAGUACAGAUUGGUGUCGCAGGACAGGCAGUCAUCUUGAAUUGCAGAGGUAUACCUCAUCAUGCAGCUGUGACCUGGAAGCACUACAAGCUUGUUAUUAAAAAGUCAUCUAUUACCCCUUUGAAAGGCAAAGCUACCAUGAGUGAUCGAUCGGAAAUCAUCCCCAGCAGUAAACACCUGAAGGUGAUGGACUUAAGACUCUCUGAUGCUGGCAUCUACACCUGUGAAUAUGAGUCUCACACAGUCAGUAUCUCACUACAUGUCUUCAAAUUGAUGAUCUCUUUAGAUGGGCACUUCCUGCCAAAUGAAGACCUUGAGUUGACUUUAAUGCAAAAUUCAUCCCAUCUUCUACCCAGUCUCAACAUCACAUUGUUUAACAGUAACAACAACAUUGUAACACCCAUAGUAGUAGAAGACAAGACCCAUCAAAAAUACACAGUGAAGUUAAAGGAACUGGAGGCUACAGACAGUGGGACUUGGACGUGUCGUGUCCAUUCAGACUCUCCAUUGAUUAAUCAGAACAUCCCCUUUGAUGUAAGGGUAUUAGGUUUUCAGAAUCCAGACUUGGAAAGAAAGUAUGCAACUGUUGGUAGCACUGUCAUCUUGUCAUGGCAUCUGAACUUCCGGAAGAUAACAUGGAAAGGAGGUUUCACAGGACAACUGAAUUGGAAGCAACAAGAAAGUGCACCUGCUCAUGAACUACUUGAUUUCAACACCACAGCAUGGGGAGAGCAGCAUAAGACCAAAAAAAGCAACCGCUUUUGGUUUGAAAUACCUGAAGGCAAAUUUGGAAGCACCAUAGAAGUGAAACUCUCCAAAGUCAAUUUCAACCACUCUGGGCACUACCAGUGCCAGCUGGCAUACAACAGCAGAUACGUGCAGAGCAAGAUAGAGCUAGUGGUGAUGAAAGUCUCAGCUAACCCUGCUGGGCCACUCGCCAGAGGGGCCGAGAUGACCCUGACCUGCCAGGUCUCUAGCCCACUCCCACCCAACACACAUUUGCGCUGGGAACGUGUGAAUGGGACUCAGAUGGAUGUCAAGAAGUCAAAGCAGCAUGAAGUAAAGUUGGAGGUGAAUGUCAGCACUGCAGGGCUGUGGAUCUGUCACCUCAUAGAAGACAAUGACUUGAUGAUCAGCCUCAGCUACCCUGUGGAGGAAGCUCCUGUUUGGAUUAGUUAUGUGGUAAUUGGAGCAAGUGUUGGAGGCAGUGUGUUGGUGUUUGUCCUUGCAUGCCUGUGCACCAUCAGUGGUAUAAGCUGGCAGCGGAGAAGGCAACGGGCAAAAAGGAUGGUACAAGCACGACAAUACUUGCUGGAAAACAAGACGUGUCAGUGUCAACAUCGGCUGAAUAAGUAGUAUUGCAGCACUGGAGUCAGAAGGACUGAUGAAGUCUCUGCUAGUACCUAAACACCUGCCAUCACAUAGUGCUCUGUGAAUCCAUCUCACUGUCUCCUGUUUUGAUGUAAUUCUUCAUUUCUUCAUCAUUCCCCCAGUCUAAUGUCCUGGAGGGAAGUUGUCUGGCUAGGAGCUGAUGGACAACACAAGAAACCCUUAAGGAUUAGGUUUGAUACCCAGUUCUAUAAUGAGAGACACUGAAUAGAAGAUGCAUAUAUAUGUAUACAUACCUAUAUGCUUGUAUUUUGUUCUUGCACUUAAUUUGACCUUCUUAUGGAACUGAUUUUAUGCACUUCUUUUAUCUGCCUGAGCUACAAUAAAUUACUUGAGGGUUG